AUGAAGUUUUCAAGUCUUCUGGCCGUUUCUCUUCUCCUCCGUGCAGUCAAUGCCAACGAAUCCACAGGGGAAGACGUGGGGAAUAACGAAUUGUUCGAUAUUGUUCAUGUUGUGAACGAAGUUAAGAAUUUACUAGACAAAGGGACCAGAAGCUUUAAAAUUACUUGGGAUGAUUCUUUGUCUCUUUACGCAACCGAAAGAUCUCGAGAAUGUCCUUCAAAAGACUCGUUGACCACAGGAGAGUUGCUUAUAAGACAUGGCGACGCUGUGAAUCUUCUUCAAAAUUUAAAAUCUUCUGAAUUCUCUUCAUUGGACCCAUUCCCAACUGUUGCAACGAUUCAUAAUAAAUCUGCCAGAAUUGUUCUGGAUAUGGGUUCAAGAAUUGGAUGUGCCCCGCUCAACUGUUCUUUAGGUUACGAUUAUUUUUGUGUUUCCGAUACUAGAAAGCACGCGUUGACCCGCUUAGAGAAAUAUGAUUGUGUGGUGGACGAAAUGUAUUCGAAUCUCUGUGAAGAGCUACCAAUAAACUAUUGGGACAUGGAGAAAGAGGAGUUCAAGUGGUCAAUGAUGAGAUGGAAUGAUCAAAGACGAGCAGUUGCAAAUAAAUUCAAUUAUGAAGGAAUGUAUGAGUUGAGUUGGUCCGAAGAUGCUGCUAAGUAUGCUGAGGUUCUUGGUUUUUCAUGCGACCCGGCUCAUGCUGGAUUUCUGGGAACUCAUUAUCAUAUGCACCCAAGAACUUUGGAUCCAUUGGGAUCGUUGUGGGUUUUUACUCAUGAUACAAUCGACGGAUCAUUCCUUCAUGGAAACACAACAAUCGAAAUGUUCGUACCAGAACGUAAAGUAUUUGGAUGUGUUCCGUUGGAUCCGGCAUGCUGCGAACGCUACUCGUAUAUUUGUGUUCUCGGUCCAGACUGGUCUUCCCCGAAUCCCCCUAAUUUUUCUACUGGAAAAGUAUGUGGUGAUUGCCCUGAUAAUUGUGAAGAUGGGCUGUGUCAAACACUGAAAGCAAAUGAGAACCUUGCCACGGAGGACAAUCAGAAUCUUACUAUUGUGACUUCUACAAGUAUGGAUUUCACUUGGGAAGAUACUGGAAAAGCCAUCGCUCUACUCGUUUGUUUCAUCGGUGCAACUGGAAUUUCUCUUUUACUUGUUUAUACUCUUGUCAACACUGAUUAUCAUAUUUAA